AUGCCUUAUUAUACAUUUGAAACACGUGGUGAUGUACCGCUCUCACGUCAUGCUCGCUUAUCUCCACUUUACCGUUCAAAAAAUGUGAUAAUGAUUGAGAAUAUAAUAGAUAAUUAUUUUAAUGAAGAAACUCUUAUUAAGAUUCAACAGAACUCCGUUAUUCCUCUUUAUGAGUUGGUUACACCUAUCGAAAAUAUUAGAACUCAAAAAAUACCACGUCCACAAAAUAGUUUUGUAAUAUACAGAAGAAAUAUUCAAGCUCAAAUUGCCUCUUCUAUUGCUUCUGACAAUUCUAUUGGAAAAUUGGAUAAUGUUUCCAAAUAUGCUGGUAAACAAUGGAAAAAAGAGUCAAAAGAUAUAAAAGAAUUAUACGGUCUUAUCGCUGAUUGCGCGAAAAAAGUUCAUGAUUUCCUUUAUCCUGGUUACGUUUAUCAUCCAAGAAGAAAUGCUACUACAAAUAUUCCGAUGGG